AUGGUGUUUGGAAUGCUAGAGCCCCCCAUCAACGUCGUGGCAUUGUUUUGGUACAUUCCUACCAAAAUCCUCUUGUUUUGUUACUUUAAGUCUCACUGCGCGAGGCAGGUUCCCCAACCCUCAGAUUCUCCAAAUGACCCUUUAAAUGAUUUUAUUUUACUCAAUGUCAGUCUCCUAUCCGCGAUUGUGGGGGCAUAUGGGCCUAUGUUGGGGCCUGGGUUUGUUGAGAUAUCUGAGGAGCUUAAUGUUAGCGUGAAUGAGAUCUCACAAGCUACCUCCUACCUGGUGUUGGCAAUCGGAAUUGCUCUCCUUUUCAGCAACCCACUGGCCAAGUGCUAUGGGAAACGGCCCGUGUAUUUAGUAUCGGGGAUAUUGCUCUUUGCAUCAAGCAUUGGGGCUGCGCUGACACAUGACUAUGGCUCGUUCCUUGCUUGUCGGCUGGUAGGGGGCUUAGGCAUGGGUCCAUACGAGGUCCUUGUGCAAUGUACUAUAGGGGACAUGUAUUUUGUGCACGAACGCGCUUCACGCAUAGCUUUUUGGAACCUCUUCCUAGUGAGCGGCAUCUCGGCUGGGCCGAUCGUUAGUGCAUAUAUCAUCCAGUAUUCCGGGUAUCGCUGGGCCUUUGGCGUAUGUGCUAUUUUCUACGGGGUCCUCACUCUAGCCCUGUUUUUUCUUGCCCCGGAAACGUCGUAUAUUCGAGUGGCUGGCACUUCUCACACCUCCACAGAGGCCUCAAGUAUCGAGCAGCCGGACACAAAGGCCGUACCAGGCGAAGAUGUUGUUCAGCCGACCUCUGAAACAAUAGAUGACAUUGAAAAGGAACCCCAAGGUCGAAAGUAUGAACAGCAGACAAGCCAUCCACCGUUAAUCACACAGCGGAAAGACUCCUAUUGGAGAUCCCUUCGAGUGUACACGGGGAGAUAUUCUAAUGCCUCAGUCGUGAAGGUAAUCAGUCGUCCGUUUAUCUUGUUUCUCUAUCCUGGAAUCCUUUGGGCAUUCCUAACCUGGGGUACAACAAUUACGUUCACCAUUGCCUUUAGCUACGUCAACGGAGUGAUUUUCAACGAACCCCCGUAUAACUUUAGUACCUCACAGAUUGGUCUGAUCAAUAUUUCGCCGUUAGUCCUCAGCGUUGUGUCCGAGAUCAUCUCGGGGCCCCUGUGUGAUAAAAUCUGUUUGUACUUGACGAAGAGGAACAAUGGAUAUUACGAACCCGAAUUUCGACUGGUCCUGAUGGCUGUGGGCUUCGUCCUGGGUGUAGCUGGGUUCUACGGGUUUGGGGCUACCGUGCACUACAAGACGCACUGGACCGGGCCCGUCAUCACAUACGGGCUGGUCAAUGCAUCCCUCGCAUUUUGCUCAACGUGUGUCUUCGGAUAUAUCAUUGAUGCCUACACUGCUCUGGGUGAGGAGGCCUUCGUGGCCGUUAACUCUCGAAACUUCCUCAGUUUUGGAAUCCUUUAUGUUAUCAAUGAAUGGCUCGACAAAGAGGGAACACUGAAGGUGUUUGUCGUCCUUGGUAGCCUUUUCAUCUUCACUAGCCUUCUCACAAUACCGAUUUGGAUCUUUGGAAAGAGGUGUAGGGCUAGGAUUGACAAGAUUGUUUGGUUGAAGAACUACAUGAGAGAUUCUUGA